UGUCCCGGAGCGCCAGGCUCGCUCAGCCCGCGCAUGUGGGCCUUCCUGGUGAGACUUGAGUACAUCCUCUGCCUCUCUUCAGCCUUUUCAGUGAUGGCUCAGCUCUAUGGUGACCUCCCACCGAGGAUUAACCAAACUCACCUGACCCCCUCUCAGCUAAAGACCCGCCAAGUGGGUUUGAAAGUUAAGGGCUCAAACUUCACGCUAGAAGGCUUUCCAUUCCAGAUCAUAGCAGGCACUAUGCACUAUUUCCGGAUGCCCAGGAGUUACUGGAGGGUCAACUUGCUGAAGUUAAAGGCCUGUGGCUUCAACACCCUCACCACGCAUGUUCCCUGGAACCUCCAUGAGCCAAGAGUAGACCAGUUUGUUUUCACUGGAAACCUGGAUUUGAUGGCUUUUACAACCAUAGCUUCACACGUGGGGCUCUGGGUCAUUCUGUGUCCAGGCUCCUACAUCGGUAGUGACCUAGACCUUGGAGGCUUGCCCAGCUGGCUACUCAAGGACCCGAAAAUGAAGCUGAGAACAACGUACAAGGGCUUCACUAAUGCAGUGAAUCACUAUUUUGACAAGCUGAUUUCCAGGAUAGUACCACUCCAGUAUAACCAGGGAGGUCCCAUCAUUGCUGUGCAGGUCGAAAAUGAAUAUGGUUCAUAUUAUCUGGAUAAAAAGUACAUGCCAUACGUUAAAAAAGCCCUGGUGACGAGAGGGAUCCAGGUGCUGCUCAUGACGGCUGAUAGUGGACGAGAAUUGAGAAGAGGCCACUUAAAAGAUGUGCUUGCCACUGUCCACAUGAAGGAUAUCACACAAGAAACUUAUCAGGAGCUUUCUUCAAUUCAGAGUCACAGCCCCAUAAUGAUGAUGGUAUAUACUGCAAGGUCUUUUGACACGUGGGGUGCUCUUCGCAACAGUCUGGAUCCACAUGUGCUAAUGAAGGACGUGCAUGAAAUGUUCAAGCUUAGGUUCUCCCUCAACUUCUAUAUGUUCCAUGGUGGCACAAACUUUGGCUUCAUGGGUGGAGCUGCAUCUUUGAACACUUAUCUCCCUAUGGUCACCAGCUAUGACUAUGGGGCACUGCUGACAGAAGAUGGAGAAUACACACCUGAGUAUGUCACAUUCCAGGAGUAUUUUAGCUCUGUUUUAGAACUUCCCAUGUCCAUCCAACCAGACCAUACACAGAAGACUGUAUUUAAGUCAGUGACGCUGCAACACUUCAUGUCGCUGUGGGAAAUCCUGCCCUACCUGGACCCGCCAGUCAAGUCUGCCAAGCCAGUCUCCAUGGAGGUGCUGUCUGUGAACCAGGGGAAUGGUCAGUCCUAUGGGUACACACUUUAUGAGACCUACAUCUCCAAAGGAGGCAUCCUCUCCUCAAGGGGUCACGUUCAGGAUCGCGCUCAGGUGUUUCUGAAUGAGCAGCAUGUGGGAGUCCUGGAUCACACCACUGAUCAUCUGACUAUUAUGAGAAAUGUAUAUACUCCAGUGUUAAUGGACAGACAGUCUCGUACCUGCUGGGCCCUGCACUCGGGUGUGCCCGUGGCUGGGCCCAUGGUAGCCCCUCUCUCCUCCCUGCCCUUGGGAUUGCUCCUGGCAGAGGAGCCCAGCAGAGACGAGAGAGAAUUGUGUGUGUCGCCAAGGUACAGGGCUACCAGGACCACCACUCCCUGAAGAUCCUGGUGGAGAAUCAAGGCCGGCUCACCUAUGGGAAGGACAUCAACAUGCAGAGGAAAGGUUUAACUGGGGACAUCUAUCUGGACAGUUCUCCACUAAGAAAAUUUAUAAUCUACAGCCUGGACAUGAACAUGAGAUUCAUACAAAG